AUGACGUCGAAUAAAAGAGGUGGACCAAAAAUAACUGAAUUUUUUUCAAAAAAGUCAAAGUCUAGUACUGAUUCACAACAUCAACAUUCUGUCAACGAUAGUCAUUUUGAUCCUCUAGAUAUUGGAUAUUUUUUAAACAAAUCUCCUGCACUAUUUAAUGAAAAUAGAUAUAAUUUAAUUAAAAAACCUUGGAUUCCAUCAGAAAACUUUCAAUUUCCAGUAGUUGUUCAGGGAAAUAAAAAUAGGAAAUUCCAAAAAGAUUGGUUGAACAAAUUUCCAUGGCUCAGCUAUAGUGCUAAAGACUCUGGGGCAUAUUGUCGAAUAUGUGUUUUGUUUGGUAGAGAUUUUGGAGGAAUUUUGACUCAAAAAACAAUUCGAGAGGAUUUUAUUAAAUUUCUGAAAGUCGUUGAUUUAAGUGGAGAAGCGCUAGGAAAAACUAUUUCUGAAUUAUUAGAACAGUCAGGAUUAAGUUUAACAAAUUUAAGAGGACAGAGCUAUGAUGGGGCUGCCAACAUGUCUGGCAAAUUUAAAGGCACUCAAGCUUAUAUUUCAAAACAUCAACCUCUAGCUACAUAUGUGCAUUGCUAUAGCCACUGCUUAAAUUUAGUUUUAGUUAAGGCAUAUUCAGUUCAACCAGUGCGAAAUACAAUUGGAAUUGUUGAAGAAGUUAUAAACUUCAUAAGAGAUUCUCCAAAAAGACUUGACAUUUUUAAAAGUAAAAAUAAAAAACACUGUCCAAAUCUUAAUUCAGAUAUAUUAAUAAAGCUAUGUGCACCUAGAUGGGUUGAACAUCAUGAAGCUUUUAUAAGACUUAAUCUAAUGCUUCCUGCUAUUAUAUCAUUUUUUGAAUAUAUGAUUGAAUGUUCUGACGGACAAGUUUUGACAAAAGUUAAUGGAUUAUACAACUCAAUAUUAAGAUUUGAUUUUUUAUUGACAUUACAAAUUAUAAUAAAUACCAUGAAUAUUACACUACCUUUAUCAAGGGAACUUCAGACUUCAACUUUUGAUAUAUCUGAGGCACAAACUUUAAUACAAUCUGCUCUAACUGUUUUGACAAAUCAACGUAACGAAAAUGACUUAAAAGAUAUUUUUAAAAAAUCUGAAGAUUUGGCUAAUAGAUUUAACAUUGAAGUCAAAAUAUCACGAAUAGCAAAUAAACAACGUAACCGAUUAAAUAUUUCAUCAGAAUCAAACACACCUGAGAAUGCAGCAUUAUUGUUUACAACUUAUUUACCAGGAACUUUCAAUGAAUUAGAAGGAGAAUUGAAAACCUGGAAAGCAAUAUGGAAAGAAAAACCAGUAGAUAAACUUCCAGCUAUUGCAUUGGAAACAAUAUUUUUACCACUCAUGAAUUAUUAUCCAAAUAUUAAAAGGCUUUUAAUGCUAUUUGCAACUAUUCCUGUAACCACAUGCAUGUCUGAAAGGUUAUUUUCUUCACUUAAGAGAAUUAAAACCUACUUAAAAUCAACUAUGGGAGAAAGUCGAUUAAACGGAUUAGUAUUGCUCAAUAUACACCCUGAAAUAAUUAUAAAACCUGAAGAAGUUGUUGAUACAUAUGCUAAUAAACACCCCAGAUGCCUUCAGUUAUUAUAA